UCUAACAGGAAGCGGGUUGAGGAGCUGCACAGCUUCCUGCUCCCCCAGGGCUGAGCAGGGCCAGAGGGGCGAGUGCCAGCCUUGGGCCACGAGACCCAGCUUCUUCAGGGUCCUGGCAGCUUCCUCUUCCACAGCUACUUCCGUGUAGCCAGGGGCCCCAGAGGCAGAGGCAGGAGCCGCUGCCUGUUGCCCAGGCCACCCUCCACCCUCCCCAGUUUGGAGCCCUGCCCCCUGGGGCCGGGCCAAGCCCAGAGGCUGGCUUAGGAUCCUAUGGGGGACUGGUAGGGCAAAGGUCUUGGGGGGGCAGAGGGGGCUGGGCCAGGGCCCCGGGGGGCUCCAGCCAUGAAGUCUCGGCAAAAGGGAAAGAAGAAGAGCAGCUCGAAGGAGAGGGUGUUCGGUUGUGACUUGCAGGAGCAGCUGCAGCGUUCGGGCCAGGAGGUGCCACAGGUGCUGAAGAGCUGUGCGGAGUUUGUGGAGGAGUACGGAGUGGUGGACGGCAUCUACCGCCUCUCGGGGGUGUCUUCCAACAUCCAGAAGCUCCGGCAGGAGUUCGAGGCAGAGCGGAAGCCAGACCUGCGCAAAGAUGUUUACCUGCAAGACAUUCACUGCGUCUCGUCCCUGUGCAAGGCCUAUUUCAGGGAGCUGCCCGACCCCCUGCUCACUUACCGCCUCUACGACAAGUUCGCGGAUGCCGUGGGAGUGCAGCUGGAGCCUGAGCGCUUGGUCAAGAUCCUAGAAGUGCUUCGAGAACUCCCUGUCCCCAACUAUAGGACCCUGGAGUUCCUCAUGCGACAUCUGGUGCACAUGGCCUCAUUCAGUGCUCAGACCAACAUGCACGCCCGCAACCUGGCCAUCGUGUGGGCCCCCAACCUGCUGAGGUCCAAGGACAUAGAGGCCUCGGGCUUCAACGGGACAGCAGCCUUCAUGGAGGUGCGUGUGCAGUCCAUUGUGGUCGAGUUCAUCCUCACACACGUGGACCAGCUCUUCGGGGGCGCCGCUCUCUCUGGUGGGGAGAUGGAGAGUGGAUGGCGAUCACUUCCAGGGGCCCGGGCAUCAGGCAACCCCGAUGACCUUAUGCCCAGGUCCCUGCCCUGCCACCUGCCUAGCAUCCUGCAGGCUGGCGAUGGACCCCCACAGAUGCGGCCCUACCACACUAUCAUUGAGCUUGCAGAGCACAAGAGAAAGGGAUCUUUGAAGGUCAGGAAGUGGAGAUCUAUCUUCAAUUUGGGUCGCUCUGGCCAUGAGACCAAACGUAAACUCCCCCGGGGGGCUGAGGACAGAGAGGACAAAUCCGAUAAGGCGACUCUGCGGCCAGCCAAGAGCAUGGACUCGCUGAGUGCUGCAGCUGGGACCGGCGAUGAGCCAGAGGUGCUGGUGGGACCUGGCAGUCCCCGGCCAAGCCCACUGCUACCGGAUAGCUUGGAGAAUGAUUCUGCAGAGGCAGCAGAAGGUGAACAGGAGCCCGAGGCAGAGGCCCUGGGUGGCACGAAUUCUGAGCCAGGCACGCCACGAGCGGGACGGUCAGCAAUCCGUGCUGGGGGCUGUAGCCGUGCAGAGCGCUGUGUUGGGGUGCACAUCUCAGACCCCUACAACGUCAACCUCCCACUACACAUCACCUCCAUCCUCAACGUGCCCCCAAAUAUCAUCUCUAACGUCUCCUUGGCCAGACUCACCCGUGGCCUUGAGUGCCCCGCCCUACAGCCCCGGCCAAGCCCUGCCUCUGGCCCUGGGCCUGGCCCUGGCCCCCCAGAUGAGAAAUUGGAGGCAAGUUCAGCCACAGGUCCCCUGGCUGACAGUGGCCCAGAGGACAUGGCCCCUGCCCUGGAGGACUGCCUGUCCCAGGAGGUGCAGGAUUCCUUCUCCUUCCUAGAGGACUCAAGCAGCUCAGAGCCUGAGUGGGUGGGGGUGGAGGAUGGGGAGGUGGCCCAGGCAGGAGCAGCAGGAGCAGCCUUCUCCCCUGGGGAGGACGACCCUGGGAUGGGCUACCUGGAGGAGCUCUUGCGAGUUGGGCCUCAGGUGGAGGAGUUCUCCGUGGAGCCACCCCUAGAUGACCUGUCCCUGGAUGAGGCGCAGUUUGUCUUGGCCCCCAGCUGCUGUUCCCCGGACUCUGCUGCCCCCAGACCCGAAGGAGAAGAGGAAAGUGGGGAGGAAGUCUUCCUGAGUGCCUAUGAUGACCUAAGUCCCCUUCUGAUGCCCAAACACCCAACCUGGGAGGGUCCAGGAAGUCUGGAGGAAGAGACAGCAGGGUGUGGGAGACAGGGGGCUCCAGGGCAGGCCGAGGGAGAAGAUGCAUGCUGCAAAGUAGGGGAGGCCAAGGAGGCUGAGCCUGAGAACACAUGGGCCAUCAGGGAGGAGGCUGAGGGGAGUCCGGAGAGUGAGGUGGAGGAUGGAGAGGCAGGUGAGGAAGGAGGGAGGGCUGGGGAAAGCCAAGAGAUGAUGGUCAGUUUGAGAGAAGAGAGUGGGAAAGAGACAGAGGCCAAGGGAGAGGAGUCUAAAGGCCAGCAGGAGGAUGAGAGUAUGAAGGAAGCUCAGGAUGUGGAGGGAACAGAAGGAGAGCAGGGCAAAGACAAGGAGAUGGAAAGAAAGACUGAGAGAGAGGAAGAGGCUGAGGAAGGCCAGGUACGAGCCAGAAGCGACCCAGAGUGUGGGGUCCAGGAAAACCAAGUUGCUCAGGAGAGCUGGGAAGUUGUACACAAACAAGAGGCAGAAGAAGCCAGAGAGGAUGAGGUUAAAGGGCAGGAGGGGCCGAAGGACCAAGAGGCAAGAGAAGACCGAGGAGAUGGUGAAGAUGGCAGAAGCCCAGAAGCAGCAGCUGGAGGAGGAGGAGGAGGAGAAGUCAGCAUGGACAGGGAGAGUGGGGAUGGAGAGUCUGAGAGAGACCAGAGGGCUGGAGGUGACCAUUUAGGAAAGGACUCCCCUCCUGAAGGGUCACACGUAGAGUCCCUGGAGGUUGACAGUGCCAAAGGGGGCAAUUCCCAGUCCUCUGAGGCAACCCCACAGCCACCCCAGCUUGAGGAGAUAGAGCCUGAGGGGCAGCUCAGUCCAGAGGGCUGCAACCUGUGCCCCUGUCCUCUUGGCUCACCUAGCGGUGUGGGCAUGCGCCUGGCUUCCUCCCUGGUUCAGGUCCAACAGGUCCGCUCUGUGCCUGUGGUGCCCCCCAAACCACAAUUUGCCAAGAUGCCUAGUGCAAUGUGUAGCAAGAUCCAUGUGGCGCCUGCAAACCCAUGCCCAAGGCCUGGUCGGCUUGAUGGGACUCCUGGGGAAAGGGCUUGGGGGUCCAGAGCCUCCCGUUCCUCUUGGAGGAAUGGAGGCAGUCUUUCUUUUGAUGCUGCUGUGGCCUUGGCCCGGGACCGCCAGAGGACUGAGGCUCAGGGAGUUCGGCGGACCCAGACCUGUACUGGGGGUGGGGACUAUAGCCUCAUCCCCAGAACCUCCCCCUGUAGUAUGAUCCCUGCCUAUUCUCCUCGGCCACUUAGCUGCCUGGAGCUCCCACCCGAAGACACAGAAGGGUCUGGACACCGUAGUCGGCAUAGUCUGCCCCCCAGGGAACACCAGCCCCCUGACCCUCUUCUGUCCCCCCAGCGCCGAUCAUAUGCAUUUGAAACACAGGCUACCCCUGGGAUGGGUGAGGAUCUGUGAGUAGGACCAUAGCACUGGGCAAAGAGGGUAGUAGGUUGUCUCCAAUCUCGAGGAUCCCAAACUAGCUGUCUCUUCUGCAGCCUGAGCAGCUGUAGUGCCCAACACCAUAGGCUUUGACCCUCCAGCUUCUCUUCUUGACUGUGGGAAGCAUUGCCUCAGUUGGUUCACCUGAGUUUGUCUCAGACACAAAGCACUUAUCCCUUAGAAUAUUCCCAAGAAAGUCACCAAAAUCCUGUUACCAGGGACUGGGGCCUUGGUCAAAGGAAACAAAGAGUAGGCGGAAUACUUAAGAGGUUUCUCAACAUGAAGAAUGAAGAGGGAACUCAGCAAAGUGCCUGCCCUCCUCUGAGGCUGUGCACUUCCCUUCGUGGAAGACCAGGGUGGAGGAGGGGAGGAAAGGGCCAUGUCAGAGCCUGUCACACAUAAACACUUCUGAACUGCCCAUCCUGACUCUGCUCUUGGAUUCCUCCAGACCCUCCUAGCUCUAGAUUAGGAGGACCACGUCAAGGAGCUCGUUGAAGGCUUCGGGCCUCAAAAGCCGGACUGGCCCCCUUUCCAGCAUCCCUACCGUCUGCCUCCAGUCCCCUUUAGGAAGGGAGGUCUUGUACGGAUCUCCCUGGCUUCUCAUUUUUCCUUCAGAAUAACUUCCUCCUAUUUCGGGGAAGGGGAAUGGCGUAACUCAGGCCAUGGGACUGCUUCUCCAGACAGGCUGGGGCUGCAGAUUCUGUUCUAGUUAGAAGCAAUGUCUCAGAAUAAAAGUUGUACUUUUAUAUGUAAACAGUGUGGAGUCUCAUUAUGCUUAAUAGAGUCUUAGGUGAUAGGGGUCGUAUUUUCACGUUUGGCAAAACGUCCUUUCGCAGUUGUUUGGGUGCUCUUCCUCUGUCGUUGUCAUGGAGACCUGUGGCUAGAAACUAGAGCUAGGUUCAUGGUGGCCAGGAAACGAGGAAGAGAAACUUGUAUUUACAUAAUGCUCGUUCUCUAUCAGUACAGGCUGCGUAUUCUACAAGCAAACAAUCUAUGCUCUUGAUUUUAGUUACUCCACGUAACAAUUCCGCAAGGCUGGUACCGGGAUCUCCAUUUUCCGGAUA